UUAAAAUUUCCGUCAUUCAAAACGAUUCACUUCGACAUGUUCGCACUAUACGGAUCCUCUGGAUAAAUGUUUUAUAGGUCCAGGACCAAUUCAAAUAAUGCUCCGAGGUGUAAUCGCCUUGAUUCAAAAUUUAGUUGAGGUGACCAACGUUGAAGCCGGCGUAGCUCAAAGCAAACGGCAAAGAUCACCGAACACAGUUGUCAAAUACCAAAAUUGUCCGGACCACAUUGUCAAAAUGGAUUUGGAGCUGGGAGGAAACAAAGAGGAAAAGGAGAAGAUCAAGAAAGAGUCUAUGGGUAUGCUUCAGCUACCGAAAAAGCUCACGAACGCUGAAGGUGAUACCGGAGAACGGUCGAGGAAACGUAGCUUCCACAACAAGGAGAAACCAGAAGAAGAGGAAGACAUCCUGGUAAAUCACGAUAAAAACUACGACGAAGCCCUGAACGAAAUAACUAAAAAGACUGCCAAGUUACCGAAGCAGAUGGUGCAGAACAAACCUCUGAUAGACAUAGGCAAGGAUCAGUUACAGUUGCUGUUCGAACAAGUGGACAAAAUGAAAGUAGGCUUGCACAGAUUGCAGGAGAUAGCCCAUAAGUUCAACCAAGGGGACACUUUCAAGGAGAACGUUGACUUGUUGAUGAAGCAUCUGAAGCCGGAUAUGGAGAAGAAAGAUGUGGAGCCCACCAAAAAACCAUAAGUUCUGGAAUCGUGUCUAAAUUGUUCGUGUUUUUGUAAUGUUAUUUGUUAGGAGGAAGUAGUGGAAAUAAACAAUAUUUGGCUACAA